CUCAUUUUCUUUUGUAUCAUCAUCAUUUCUAUUAAUUCUCUUACACAUAUAUCAAAUCCUAAUAAAAGAAAACAAUUAUUUCCGUUUCAUUCGAUAUCGUGAAGAUGGGAUCCAGUCAAAGCAUGGGAGGUUCAAAGAGAAGGGUGUCUAGUAGGGGACUUGGAGCUGUUCUUAAAGAACAGAGAGCUAAGCUUUACAUCAUUCGAAGAUGUGUCGUCAUGCUUCUUUGUUGGAACGAUUGAUUUCUCUUCAGAUAUAUUCUCAAUCAUUUUGAUCAAGAUCGUUUGUAUAAAAGGGAUUUGUUGGCUGGAUAGAGAACUCAUCGUGAUGUUUGGAGCUUAAGCGGGUCGGUUCGGAUCCGAGUUUAGUGCCAGAUCGUGGCGUAGUUAAAGGGUUUAAGGUUAGGUGUCUCUAUUGGUUAGCAGAGUCGUCUUCUUUGGAGCAUUGUAAAUAUUGACUGGCAUAAUAGAGAGAGUUGAUAAAGUAAAUAGUUGAUAAAGUUUUGUAAUAGCUUUUGGCUUUGUUCUAUGACAUUCGAAAAAAAGAAAAGAAUAUACGAUUAAUGUAAAAAUUGUCGUUCAUGUAUAUGUACAUCUAUCUCUUCUUAAUUAAGGUUUUGAAAUCUCAAA